AUGGUCGAAAUUCUGGACUACACCAAGGCCUUGGAGGUCCUGAAGGAGUAUCCUUCCGGAGAUGGUCUCCAUGUCGAUACCCUUCUCGACUCCGACAACCACGGAGCCUUGACCUACAAUGACUUCCUCAUCCUGCCCGGCUCUAUCACUUUCUCAGCAGCGGACGUUUCCUUGGAUACCAAGGUGACCCGGCGGUUCACCAUCAAGGCUCCACUCCUCUCGUCCCCCAUGGACACGGUGACCGAACAUAACAUGGCUAUUCACAUGGCUCUUCUGGGCGGUCUGGGAGUUAUUCAUAACAACUGCCCACCCGAUGACCAAGCUGAGAUGGUCAGGAAGGUGAAGCGCUAUGAGAACGGCUUCAUCCUCGACCCCGUUGUUCUGUCCCCCAGCACAACCGUCGCAGAGGCAAAGGAAUUGAAGACCAAAUGGAACUUCGGCGGAUUCCCAGUGACCGAGAAGGGCACUCUCCACUCCAAGCUUCUCGGCAUCGUCACUAGCAGAGAUAUCCAGUUCCACAAGACUCCAGAGGAUCCAGUCACAGCCGUUAUGUCGACUGAACUUGUCACCGCACCCGCGGGAACCACCCUGGCUGAAGCCAAUGAAGUCCUCCGCAGCUCCAAGAAGGGCAAGCUUCCCAUUGUGGACAAGGACGGAUUAUUGGUCUCCCUCCUCUCUCGCAGUGAUUUGAUGAAGAACAUCCACUACCCCCUCGCAUCCAAGCUUCCAUCCAAGCAGCUGCUCUGCGCUGCGGCUAUCAGCACCCACGACGCUGACAAGGUCCGCCUUCAGAAGCUCGUCGACGCUGGUCUCGACAUUGUCGUUGUCGACAGCAGUCAGGGAAACAGCAUGUACCAGAUUGCUAUGAUUAAGUGGAUCAAGUCUACCUUCCCAGACAUCGAUAUCAUUGCCGGUAACAUCGUUACCCGUGAGCAAGCCGCCGCACUCAUUGCCGCUGGUGCCGACGGUCUGCGUAUCGGUAUGGGAAGUGGCUCCGCAUGCAUUACCCAAGAAGUCAUGGCCGUCGGUCGCCCCCAGGCUGCUUCCGUCCGCAGUGUUUCUGCAUUCGCCGCCCGUUUCGGCGUUCCCACUAUCGCCGACGGCGGUGUCCAGAACCUGGGACACAUCGUUAAGGGCCUUGCACUUGGUGCCUCCGCAGUUAUGAUGGGAAGCUUGCUUGCCGGUACUACCGAGUCUCCUGGCGAAUACUACGUUAGCAAUGAAGGUCAGCUGGUCAAGGCCUUCCGCGGUAUGGGUAGUAUCGCUGUUAUGGAGGACAAGGGCAAGAGUGGUGGCGGUAAGAACGCUGGCGCUUCCCGCUACUUCUCUGAGAACGACAAGGUCAAGGUCGCGCAGGGUGUUGCGGGAUCUGUUGUCGACCGCGGUUCCAUCACUCAAUACGUGCCUUACCUUGUUGCUGGUAUUCAGCACUCUCUCCAAGAUAUCGGUGUUCAGGAUCUUGAGGCCCUGCACAACGGUGUGAACAACGGACAGGUUCGCUUUGAGAUGAGAAGCGCCAGCGCGCAGACCGAGGGUAAUGUUCACGGUCUUCACAGCCACGAGAAGAAAUUGUACUCUUCUUAA